GAGAGAUCUAAUCGCCAGCCAAGUGGCUAGAAUAAAAAAAACGAAAAACCUGCAGCAUACUGUUCAUAUAACUUAUCGUAAAGAGAUGGCAGUUGUUUGAUAUUGUUGGGCGUUUCAGUCCCACCCAGUAAACGAGACAUUUUACUGCCAGUCUCACAUUAGACGAGAGAACCGGCAUUUGGCCGAUUGGCUCGGAUUGUAAGUGAAAUAACGUUGUCGAAAUAAAAAAAAAAUGACCGGGCGAUGUGGUAAUAACCUCAACACAUUUGCAGUUUUGGGUUCGUUGUUGAUAUUUGGCUGUUCCAUCAUCUAUGUCAUUCAACCAACCACACUAUUCACCAUCCAACAGGCAUCAGAUUUGAGCAUGAGUAGAAAAGAGGAAACCAUCAAUAUUUUGGUAAACGAAAAGCAGAUGUUGGAGUUGAAGUUAAAAUUACAGGAAGAAGAGAAGAAGAGCAUGACUACCUUAGUCGAAGUUACACAACACUUGAAUGCUGCUUUGAUUGACAAGAUUGACUUACUGGGCCACUUAACAGCAAAGAGGUUAGGACAGAUCCCGACAAAACAAUUCAUUCAACAAUUGCAUAAACAAAAAGAAAUGCUCAAAGCCAAUGCUAAGCUGAAUCGAGAAUUUUUCCAUGACGCAUCUCGUUUUUUGUGCAACACUUCAUAUCCUGGAGUGGAGAAUUACACGCGUUACAUAGUGGCACUGCGUGGAAUGCUACCAUUAGACGCAAUCGAACCACUUAAACCGGAAUUUGGUAGAGUGAUCAACGAUGUACUUUCGUUCCAGUAUCCCAUCACUGUCCCAUCUUGUCGCGACGUCGGAAUGAAUGACACUGGACCUUUAGUGUUUAUAGCCAUCAAUUCAGCGCCGGAUAAUUUCCGCAGACGGGAAGUCGUCCGCCAAACAUGGAUAACUCGUUUGAAAGCCGAUCGUGAGCAAGGAUUCAUAAAUUUGGCUGGUUUCGCGUUCAUUGUCGGUCGUACGGAAAACAACGAAACGCAAAUCAAAAUCGAAAAAGAAAACGAGACAUUUGGUGACAUGAUACAAAUAGACAUGUCCCAUUUCUACGGGAAUUUAUCCGUCAAAAUGGCUGGUUUAUUCAAUUGGUUGUACAGAAACUGCCGUCUAAUGGAUUUCCUGUUAAAAGUAGAUGACGAUGUCUACGUCAACGUGCGCAACGUGGCCCAUUUCAUGACGCAGUUUCAAAAUCAAUCCAACUACACGAUGUUCGGAAUCUCGCCCGGAACCUUUUAUCCCAAACGAGCUGGAAAAUGGGCUUUAACGUACGAAGAAUGGCCGUGGAGUCAAUAUCCCGAUUAUUUCUUGGGACCAGCUGUUUUACUUCCAGCUCACACGAUUCUUCCGCUAUUGGCCGCCUUCCAGGUGACGCCCAUGAGCCCUUUCGACGACCUCUACUACACCGGCAUGUGCAGAGAAAAGGCCGGCAUCAGCAUCCGCUAUUCCAUCAAUGCAACCAGCGUCUUUGCGACGGGACCGCCACAUCCUCCUACUCCUUGCUACCUGCGUCGACACAUUUCGUUUUUAAUCCCCAACGAGAACCAACUGAAACUCUGGCAUAAUGCGACCGACGAUUUUUACAACAACAGGACCCACUGCAUUGUUGGUGGAUCCAACGGAACUAACAUAACAAUUGGUCACAUCCAACCCUCACAGUUUUAUUUUACAGAGCCUAGAAUAGUAAGAACCUAAAAAAUAUUUGCAUUAAUUCUGAAUAUUAAGCUGGAAUUCCGAUAAAACAGAUCACGGUAUUACCACGUAUUGUAGGAAGACGUAGAGUUUAAAUGCACUUAACGAAUUUGUCCGCCCACUGCGAAACCUGAA